GUCAAUAUGUUGCCUGUGGCCGGUCAUAAUGUCAUGGAUGUACUCAGGUCUCAAUAUAAGAAACGCCGUCGAUACGAUGAAAAAUUUCACAAGUUUAUCCAGAAAAUAACAAUGAGCAAUUACUUCAAUGGAUUUAUCAUGGGAAUUAUCAUCAUCAAUGCAUUAUGUAUUGGUUUAGAGACUGUAGAUAAAUUCAAGACAACUGAAGCAAACACAUUCAAAAUUUUAGAUGAGUUUUUCUUGUCAAUCUACACCAUGGAAUUUUUGAUGAAAAUAUACGCAGAACCCUCUACUUAUUGGAAAAGCAGUUACAACAUAUUUGACUUUACAAUUUUAUUGACAUCCUACAUUCAAGUUAUAAUGGAUGAGCUAAAUGUUGGGGACAACCUUUUAACUCCCCUACGUCUUUUGAGAGUUGCUCGUACUUUGCGCACCAUAUCAUUCAUUGAAGGUCUUCAAGUUCUUGUCACUGCUCUUAUUGAUACAAUCCGUCAUUCAGUCCUAAACGUGGUCAUUCUCUUGACCAUGUUAAUGGGGUUCUUUGCAGUAGUUGGAUAUUACAUAUUUGGUUAUGAGGAAGAAACAGGGGACAAGGAGCACUGGGGAAACCUUAGUACCGCAAUGCUGACCCUGUUCACCUUUGUAACGGUUGAUGGGUGGACUGACAUACAGAAGGGUCUAGAGAAAAGACCAUAUAGCCAAUGGUUUACAAUCACAUUUAUAUUUGUGGGACAUUUUAUUUUUACAAACUUGUUCAUUGGGAUCAUCAUCAUGAACAUUCAUGAAGCUACAGAAAAGUUUAUUGAACAGCAAAGACAAGAGAAGGAAGCUAUCUUACAGAUGAAGAAAGAUUAUCUUUUUAAACGACAACAUGAAGAUGUGAAAAAGAUGAUUGAAAAACAGAAAAGCAGUCAAUUUGCAAACUUUGAGGAGAUGACUCAAAGCUUUAAAGAAACCCUCCGUAAUGAUGACUACGUAAUCAUGACUGACCCUUGCACCAAUCCAACAUGGAUGGAGACAUAUCUUACUACUACUGACCAUCUUGAUCUCUACAUGUUCAGGUGCCAACAGCUACAUUUCAAAAUAGCUAGUGUCUUAGCUGACAUGUAUGAGAGAAAGGUCAGUCAACCAGAGGGCAGUCUACUAUCAAGGCUAAAACAGUUAGCUACACAAGGACCAAGUACAUCUGCACAAUAACAGGAUUUGCACAAUGUCACAAAAGCAGCA